GGUAUUAGAGUUUGUUGUUUUCAUUCAGUUCAAAAUUUUGGUGCAGUAUAAAACGUGUUUCAGUUUCACACGGAUUCGUUUGAAUUUAUUAUAAUUUUAGUUUUUAGGAGCUAAAAUGUCUGAUUGUGUUGAGGUAGCAAUAACCAGUGAUUCCAGUGACCAACUAUGGAGUUGUUGCGUAUGGGACGUCCGCACGGGGACGCAUCUUAUUUCAUACAAAGGCGGGGGUGCUGCUGGCGCUCGCACUCUGGCCACGAUAUCCGAUCAGUAUAUUCUGACGGGAAAUAUGGUGAAACCUAUGCUACACAUUUGGCCGAUUAACAGGCAUGAAGCUAUCGCUACACGAUUCAUACUACCGGGACGACCCACGGCGGUAGCGGUUUCACCAGAUGGUGCUUACUGUGUGGUGGCAGUGCAAGAAACUAUCAACGUGUAUCAGAUGGCCACGGGAGCUAUGCUGGCGACGAUUUCCCGACAUUAUCAAACGGUGAACGUUAUCCGUUUUACGGAUGAUGGGACACAUUUCCUGAGCGCUGGGCACGACGGAAUGGUGCUUGUUUGGAGCUUAUCGCAAGUCGUUCGGGUGUUUCAGAAGCAGUCUUUCAGUGCAUUUUAUUCCUUUUCUGAUCAUGCGCUUCCGGUGACGGAUUUAUACGUUGGAAAGGGAGGCAUGAAAGCUUUGUUCUGCUCUGUUUCUUCCGAUCGCACAUGUAAAAUAUACGACUUAUCAUCCGGUUCUAUGCUCCUGAAUUUGGUUUUUCAGGAGCCUCUGUCUUCCGUCACAAUGGACACACUCGAAUCGAAUGUAUUUGUUGGAACAAAUGAAGGCCCUAUUUACAGUUUUAGCCUUCUAUCUCCGCCUCGUACUAAGGAGUAUCACGUGGACCGGAAACAACAACAUAAAAAUGUCUUUCUGGGUCACAAAAAAGCCGUCACUUGCCUUUCGGUUUCGAUAGACGGUGAAACCCUGCUAUCCGGAGGUGCUGACGAAAAUGUCUUUUUAUGGCACUCCAAAAGCCGCCAACAAUUGCGAAUGAUUCCCCAUAAGGGCGUAAUCACAAAUGCACAGUUUAUGCUAACGCCAAAAGCAAUGUUUGACCAAGAGAUAAAGCCUCGUCUACAGUUUCAACCAUUUCAAAAGAUGGUCUAUUCGAGUGAAAAGAUCGACGAUCUUGUCGUGGAAGUUGACGUGAAGGAUAAUGUGCGCGAAUCGGUGACGUACAAAGGACUGGAUAACACAAGCAGCAAUACUAACGGCGGGAACGUGUCCAAUCAGCAAGACGAAAUUAUAAAGUUGAAGAAAGAGAUUCAGCACUUGAAAUCGAUCAACAAAGAGAUGUUUGAGUAUACCAUUAAAAACGUUUUACAAAAUAGUUAAGAAUAUUGGUCAUUUGGUGUUUUCCGAAUAAAGUUGAAUUUCGACUCUA